GAAGUGUAGUACAGUGCAACAAAGUGCUAGAAUGAAAUGGAAACGAGGAUAAAGGGAACGUUUUAUCUGGAUUAAUCACGCAAUUUCUUCCAACAGCCAUCGUAAAAUGGAAGCACGUACUCCAUAUAUGAUGGGGAAAAGAUGGACUUGGAACGAGAGUAAUCUCCAGUAGGAAAGUAGACUUUUUGUUACGUUUCUGCGAUUCUUAUUUUCGCUAUAUCGAGAGUCGAAACUGCUUCUGUGAGUGUGUGUGGUUGGUUUUGCGGUUGAUAAGCUCGUCAGCUGUUUCUGACGAAUUUGCCAUCGCCAUCCACAAACAUGGCGAAAGCAAAGCCAAAGCUGAAUCCGUGCUCAGACUCAGAGCACCUACAGUCUGGCUGUUAUUCUAAGAAGAGUGAAGAAAACUUGGAUUUAAUCUUCACUCUGGCUGAAAAUGUGAGAUGUAUGCAGCAGCGAAGUCGGGAGGAUAGCAGCCUGUCGAGGUCGAGAAAUGGAGAGAGUCGAGCAACAGAGAUGUGGAAAAGUGGUCGCUUACGGGAAGGCAGCACAUCAAGAAGAAGAGAGUCGGAAAGGAACAUGAAAUUAAAAGGACACCAUUUGUCAGGAAAUACCAAAAGGAAUACGUUGCAGACAGUUCACGGAAUUUUCCCAUCCAUACCGUACUGGAAGACAUUUUUAAUUACAGUUUUAUUGUGUGUGUUUCUGAAGAGCCAGGCAUGUUCGGCAAAGUGUUAUGGACUUGGUUCGACUGGUCGUGCCAUAUUGACUGAUCUUCAAGGGUUUAUCUCGGAUCACCCGAACAAGAGUUAUCCAAUUUCAACCGAGUGUGAAUGGCUAAUACAAGCUCCAAGCUCAGAUAUGAGGAUCAUGUUGACAUUCACAAAAUUUGCCACCGAAUGCGGCUACGACUUUGUCAGUGUGUACGAUGGCAAUUCUCACCAAAGUCCUAUGAUCGCCGCUCUCAGCGGUGACUCUAUUCCGUCCACGUUGCUUGCCGAAUCUGGCCAGAUGCUGAUAUACAUGUACAGUGACCGUAAUUAUAACCUGCUAGGUUUUGAUGCGACCUAUACCAUCGAAGACUGCACGUAUGGAUGCUCGGGCCAUGGGACGUGCGUUGACCAUUCCUGCGUGUGUAAUUCAGGUUACCACGGGGACGGCUGCGAGAGAUUGAGCUGCCCGUACGAGUGCGGCUCGGAAUGGAAUCAAGGCGUUUGCCAACAAUCGGGUGUCCAACAGUGUUCAUGUUCAGCAGGCUUCGUCGGGGAGGGGUGCAGCCUGUCGACCAACAGCAACUUGGGGUGGGGUCAAACGUUCCUCGUCUCAAGCGGCGCCAGUGAGGGGCUGAGCAAGCGAGCCGGACAUGCUUCUGUUUAUCAUGAGGAGACUGAUAGCCUGUGGACUUAUGGAGGUUUUGAUUUGAACAGACCUUCAGAUGACCUUGUUCAGUACAGCUUUGAGACGGACGAAUGGACGCAGAUCACACCCAACGGCAGCGUCAAACCGAGUGGUCGGUAUCGGCACACCAUGGAGCUCUACGAGAACCACCUCUUAGUCUUCGGAGGGGUCCUAGUCAACGGGUCCUGGUCUAACGAGCUCUGGUCCUUUGACCUGGCCACCCUCAGCUGGGAGCUCCUACCAUCCGGUACCGAGUCUGUUCCUCCAGGCCUGGCACACCAUUCCUCCUGUAUAGUGGAGUAUUCCUAUCUUGUGAUCAUAGGAGGUGCGAGUCAAGAACAGACCUUCCUGGGUUCCAUCUACAAGUAUGAUCUUCAGUUGCUUCAAGGCUGGGAAGAGAUAACUCCAAGAGGGGGGCUGGAAAGAGAAGUUCGGCUGAGGGACCACACCAGCGUCUAUCACUACGAUACAAAGUCUAUCCUCGUGUUUGGUGGAUUAAAAUCGCCACAGACCCAUAACACACUUGUCAGUAGCAGGGUAAGCACAGUGUAUGCUUUCCAGUUUGAAGACCGCUACUGGACAAAGCUAUCCUCCUCAGGGAGUGUACGAGCAAGGUCUUAUCAUACAGCAAACAUCAUAGGCAACUACAUGGUGGUGUAUGGAGGGAACGUCCACCAGCACCUCUCAAACAAUGGCGGUUACGUGGAUGUGCAGGAUGGGAACUACGGGGAACACGAGAAGUGCUUUGAAGAUGGCAUAGAGCUCUAUCACCUAGGCUGUCACAAGUGGGUAUCUCUCAAUGAGAUCGCAGGGGACUUUCAAGAUCCUAGACAGUACAAUCCUUACACCGUUACCAAGGGACGCUUCGCCCACACUGCAGUGGUACGAGACGGCACUACCCUGGUCGUCAUCGGGGGUUUCAACGGCGUUACUCAGAGUGAUAUAUUCGCUGUCAAGAUGCCUGGCUCGGUCGCUAUCAAUCCUGCAACAGUAAACGAAAGUUUGAAUCCAUGUGGCUCUCACAUAAGUGUGAGUAAUUGCACCCUUGAUCCAGCCUGUGCUUGGUGUCCUCAGUCUAGCACCUGCUUUGGCUUCUCUGAUAGUCAGUCUUGUUCUGGGGCCCUCCUCCAGGCUGAUUGCCCGGGCAUAUGCAGUGCUCUGACCACAUGCGAAGCCUGCAUGCUAUGGGGCCAGGGAGCUCAGACAGCGACCUUUGACCCCGAGGUCACCCAUGUCAACGAGCAGUGUGGAUGGUGUGUGCAGGAUCGUGCAUGUUACCCUCUAUCCGCUCCAUCUGGUACAUGUGACCCCUCUGCCAGUGACUCUGGUGCAUGGUGGGGCCCUUCAGGGACCUUCAUCGCGAACUUUGACCAAUGCAAGACAGGGGAUUUCCCUCCUGGCAUGAUGAUGAUGAGAUACACACAUCCACAGAACCUGUCUCAUCCAGACCAGAUAUCCAUAGUGUCGGACACUCUGGAGAGGAUCACCUACUACCCUGUCCUGCAAUCAUCCGAGGUGGCUGCUGCUGGGUUCUACACCGUAGUCAUGAAGGGAUUCAUCCACCCGCAGGGCGCAACGUCUCCAUCAGUCUGGAUCAGGAUCACUAAGGCUGAGGGCACCCUAGAGAUCAGCUCCGAUGACAACCCUGCCAAUGCAGUGAAGUUAGCUGAACAAGCUUCGAGCAGCACGAUCGAAUCUCCCAUCCAGGCCAAACGCAGCCCAGCCUCGGCCCCUAUCUUCCCGGACACCAGCCCAGGGACCAGGUACUACGCCACCUUGGAGGAGAGGAAGCCAAUCACAGCCAGCAUGCAGUACUCCAGCUCAGCCAUGGAACUCCUCUGGGAUGGCUAUGUUGAGAGCGGACUCGUCUACCAUAGCUUCACAUCAGAUUAUCUUCAGCCGUACAAAUCGGAUUCCUGCACCAACUACUCUACCUGUCGAGGGUGUCUGACGGACGCUGCGUGCGGCUGGUGCCCCCUGAGCGAUACCUGUGAGCUACGGGACGGACCUACCUUGUCCAUGGACCGAUGCGGGACCUCUAAUCGACCUAUCGAGCAUUAUCUGGUCUUGGAUGAGGGCAACUGCGGCAAUUGCAGCCAGCAUUGGAACUGUGACUUGUGCACUACGGAUCCCUUGUGUGAGUGGAUGAAUGCUGACGUAUCGUGCACCAGGCGAGGGCGCUUUGAGACCGCUCUAAAGGAUCCAGCGCAGUGUCUACCAAAGUGUCAGGAAAUCACAGACUGCACUGGUUGUAUUGGAAUAAAGAACUGUGCAUGGUGUGCUGACACUAUGACCUGUCUGCACUUCCCAACCUACAUCUCUUCCUUCAUCCAUGGGGAGUGUUCACAUUGGUAUGAUCAGGAGGACACUGUCUGCCCGACAUGUUCCGCUCAUCAGACCUGUGAUGACUGCUUGGAUACCUUCCAGUGUGGAUGGUGUGGAAACACAAACGAUCCAGACAUCGGGAUUUGUCAAUCUGGUGAUUUCAACGGUCCAUACUCUAAUAUGAACUGCUCAGCUGUAGUGGCUGAAGCCAACGAGACAUCGGUUUUAUCGCCCGCUGAUUGGUCGUAUGAACAGUGCCCCGAUGUUGACGAGUGUCGCCUUGGGCGCCAUGAUUGCCACGGUAAUGCCACCUGUCUCAAUACCUACGAGGGCUUUGACUGCAGAUGCAACUAUGGAUUCAAAGGAGAUGGAAAGAUAUUCUGUAAUAGCACGUGCUUUCAUACGUGUGAGCUUGGGUACUGCAGUGGGAUGCCAGACUUUGAGUGUGUCUGCGAUCUGGGCUGGACCGGGGUGAGCUGCAACAUCAGCUGCGGGUGCAACAAUCACAGCACCUGUGUCAAUGGCGUGGGUCUGUGCGACGAAUGCCAAGAAUGGUCUACCGGCUCACACUGCCAGUACUGUCUACCGGGUAGCUACGGUGAUGCUACCACGCCCACUGGCUGCGUGGAGUGUGACUGCCAUGGGCAUGGCAAUGCCAGCAUGGGUAACUGUGACGGGACGACGGGCCUCUGCUACUGCACCGGCAACACGCUCGGAGACAACUGUGAGACGUGCGAAGAAGGCUUCUUUGGAGAACCGCAGAACGAGGGCAAAUGCUACCAGAAGUGCAAUGGACGAUCCAUCCUAACCAAUGUCCAUUCCUCAAGGCUGGGUUCCUACGAGGGUCUUGGGGUACAGGAUCCCAACCAUGGGUACUGCCUCUGGGUCUUGACCACCUUCGGCAGCCUGGUCCAAGCUUCUGGGGCGCUCAGCUCUCCUGGAGCCAUUACACUCACUGUAGAUACCCUGGAUGUAGAGUGUGGGCGAGAUUAUGUUCAUGUUUAUGAUGGCAUCCCUGAGCAUCUCUGGGAGAACUUUGGCGUGUCUGUAGCGAGCCAAGAGAUUGGGGCUUUCUGUGGACACUCUUCCAGCGCAGCCAUCAGAACAACUGCGUAUUCAGGUGUGAUGACCAUUGCCUUCCAAGCCAACGUCAGCGCGACGUCGCCGACCCAGGGCUUCACCGCGGUCUACGACGUCCGUACCUGCCAGGAGGAUUGCGACGGUAACUGGCACUGCGCUAACGAGGACGAGGAUGAACUGGAGGACGAUCAGGUGUGCGAAUGCAGGGCGGGAUACACAGGAGACGACUGCGAGGAGGAGAUAUGCCCCGACGACUGCGGAGUGCUGGAGGGUCGUGGUGCAUGCAAUGAUCAUCUUCUACUGUGCAUCUGCAAUGAGGGGUACAGCGGUGCUGCGUGUGACAUCAUCACAGCGCCCUCUAAGUCCCAAUCAAAAGCAGUCUGGUCACUGCUCUACGAUGCCGAUCGGCUGAGCUCUAACGCCAAUAUAGGCCCGACCAGUCGUAUGGGCCACACCAUGGUUGCUGACGGGGGUGGUAAAUUCUGGCUGUUUGGCGGAUACUCGCAGGACAAUCAACGCUUGAAUGAUGUCUGGAGCUAUGAUGCAUCUGCAUCCCAGUGGACGCACCACCCUUCAGGAAACUCACCCUCUGCACGUAACUACCACGCAGCUUCGUUUGUGGCUCCGGAUAGGAUGAUCAUCAGCGGAGGGCUGUCCGAUAGCGAGGUGCUGAGUGACUGGUGGAUCUAUUCAUUGACACAGCGCACCUGGUUGGAAAUAUCGGCUCCCAUUGACGAUCUCCAGAUUGCAGGCCAUACAAUGAACAUGGUCGAUGACACCACCCUGAUCGUCAUCGGGGGUUACUCACCUACGAUGGGCCUCCUGGAAAAGAUCAUCAACUUUGACAUCUCCACACUGACGGGUCAUUUCAAGUCAUCUCAAGGCACUCCACCAACAGGUCUGUUUGGCCAUUCGACUGUCUGGCAUAAUGAGACUAGUUCUCUCUAUGUGUUUGGAGGCUACCGAUUCCACUUGCAGGCCCUGGCUAUCUCUGACAAACUCUACGCAUUCCAUGCUCCGUCUGCAGGCUGGAGUAUACUGCCUUCAGAAGGCUACAAGCCGGAAGCACGCAUGUUUCACUCUGCGGUUACUUUCUCCAAGUACAUGCUUGUCCUGGGUGGCUUUGCAGAGGGAGAGGAAAUCAAUGAUAACGUACUGGUCUACCACUACUCCUGCAACAGAUGGCAGUCACUGGAUGGACAAGGAUGGUCUACUGGAGCACAGCCCAGACCUCUCCACAGCCACGUUGCCACAACGAAAGACGACAUGGUCUACCUCUUCGGGGGCUACGACGGCUCGACCUACGGCUCUAUGAGCACGGCCGACAUGCCCUCUGACCUUUGCACCCUUCAGACCACCAGUGAUGGAUGCAAGGCCACGCCCGGCUGCUCGGCCUGCGUCAGGAGCAACUCAACGUUGGUGGCAUGCUUCUCAAUUGAGGAGGAUUCGUCUGUCAGCUGUGAGUCUCCUAACCAGCUAUCGAAUGGGACUAUGUGCGACAAUGCCUUCAUUGAGGGUAGAAACUGUAGCAAGCUAUCCAUCUGCAGUGAGUGUGUGACGGUCUACCCCUCCCACCCCUCUGCUCAACAGACAUGCAAGUGGUGUUACAACUGUCCUGAAGGAGCUUGCAUCCCAACGGCUGCUAACUGCAUGGAGGAACAUAACUGUCAAGUGGAGACGCAGAAAGAGUAUCAUGAUCGCAGUGUCUGCUCAGAGACGAUCUGUGAAGCCAGUGAUUGUACCAAGUGUACCUCGGGUAGUAGCCCCUGCGUGUGGACCAGGCAGUUCAAACGCUCGAGUGAAACAAGGCGUCUGCUGAACUACCGUCCCAUCUACGACUGGAACUGCUUCAGCAAUCACCUCCUCACGGUAGCUCCCAGUCACUAUAACAUCUCCUCUGUCCCUCCCCUCUCCUGCCCCACCCCAUGCCAUCAGCACACCACCUGCGGGGAUUGUUUGACCUCACAGGGGUCGGACGGGGGCUGGCAGGAGUGCAUGUGGAGCCCUUGGCUAAACCAGUGCAUGUCGCCGACGUUCCUGCACCUACGCUGCGCCGUGGGCGAGUGUGGACCGGUAGCCCAGGGGGCCUCGGACAACUGCCCCACCCAGUGCUUCGCCAACACCCAGUGUUCUCACUGCCUCCACCAGGCGUGGUGUGGAUGGUGUCCCGUGCCCGGUGUCAACGGGUCGGGUAUCUGCCUGUCUGGAGGGCUGCUGGGUCCGAUCGAUGGCGUGUGCUCGAGCCAGGAGAUCAGCUCCAUCCAUGGCCCUCUGCCUCCUGCCGUUGCUAAUGCCACCAUGGGGGGCAUCUCUGGAACGCCGCAGUGGAAGUACCUCACAUGUCCUCCAGAGGAUGAAUGCGUGAACGGAAACCAUGAUUGCGGGGAGAACGAGGAUUGUACCGAUACAUACACAUCAUUUGAAUGCAACUGCAAGGCCGGAUACGAGAGGGAAAGUGGUGAUGUUGAUGAGAAUGAAUGCGUAAACGGAUAUUGCGGGGAGAACGAGGACUGUACUGAUACAUACACAUCGUUUGAAUGCAACUGCAAGGCACGAUAUGAAAGAGAAAGUGGGGAUGGCCCCUGCAAGCCAGUCUGCACCCAGAUGUGUGGUGAGCACGGUGUGUGCGUAGCCCCUGAACAGUGCGAGUGCUUCUUUGGAUACGUGGGACACAACUGCAGCACAGAGUGUCUCUGUAAUGGUCACAGUAACUGCCUCAGUGAGAGCGCCAAGGCCGUCUGUCUGGAGUGCCGUAAUAAUACCAUGGGUGAGCAUUGUGAGCAUUGCCUGCCGUUGUUUGUUGGUAACCCAGAAGACGGUGGUUCCUGUACACCCUGCAUAGAGCACUGCAAUGGCAACACCAAUCAAUGUCUCUCAGUGCAACAGUAUCAGGAGUAUCGCAGCGAGUAUCCGACAAGGCCAAUCCACAAUAUAUCACAGCUCUUUAACAGUGGUCCCCUGACAGACGAUGUCUUCUGUAUCGGCUGCAGUAACUUCAGCGAGGGAGAACGCUGUGAGUCGUGCAUAGACAGCUACUUCAAACUGGAGGAACACUGCCAGAAGUGUGACUGCAAUGGCCAUGGAGAUAUGUGUGAGAAGACCAGUGGAGGAUGCAAAGAGUGUCUGAAUAACACCAUGUCGCCCCAGUGCCCCUCCGAUAAAUACCCAGAGCCAUGCUGGGAACAUCAGUGUUCGCAAUGCCUGAAUGAUCUGUUCAAAGGCACACCCACUGACAGUCACCAAUGUUACAGACAGAUGCACGUUGAUAAUGAUAUCUGCUUCAACCCAGAGAGUCAAGAUGAUUGUCCAAUCAAUCCUGUACCCCUACCAGAUGGUGCCUCGUCUUUCUUCGUCAUCAUGCCCAAGUACUCAGACCUUGAUAUCAGGUUGACGGUCGAUAUUACAUAUGGCUCCCUCAACGUUUACGUCACGUAUGACUCGGACGUCUUCAUCGUGGAAUACGACGAAGAAACCCAGCAGCAGAUCAUCAGGAUCGAUGAAAACUACGUCAGCGCGUCAAUGCAACGCAAGAGGAGAUCGAUUCGAGAGUUCUACGCACCAAGCAGGGGGCGGCGAUCAUCGAACUCGUCAAUCUCCACGACCAUAGACCCUGACCAAAGCGAACUGACGGAAAUCGAGUCCCACGGUCUGAACACGUUCAUCAGUAUAGAUGAGGAGCAUUUCAUCACACUGGUUCAAGACUUGCAGAACAGACUCGUCAUCACGUUCCCGCGGCGAUACCACACCCUGACGUCGCGCCGCUUCUACAUCGCCCUCAUGGGGCGGGGCGUGGAGGACCUGAAUGCGACCCAGGGCAUCAUGUACUUCCGUCAGGACCAGCCUCACAUCGAUCUCUUCAUCUUCUUCUCCGUCUUCCUCUCGUGUUUUUUCCUCUUCCUGGCGUUCCUGAUCGGGAUCUGGAAGGUGAAGGUGGGCGUUGAGGCGCGGCAGCACAGACGCAUGCACCUGCUGGAGAUGGAGCACAGGGCGAGCCGACCGUUCGGGCAGGUGCUACUCUACUACGAGAGCCCCAGCAUCCAGACCCAUCCGGCACCCACGGGGACCACCAAGAGCUACUCCCUGCCCAAGAAGCACCACAGACUUGGCAGGAUGAGGGCAAAGGCCGAGACCAUGGGAGGGGGAGGAGCGGCGAACAGGGACACGGAGGAAACUGCUCUAAACUCUGCUGAAAUCAUUAAUGAGAGAUUCACACCGGGUCUCAUCGCCUCCGAGCCGACAGACGAUGGAAUGGCCACCGUAGGUACCGUCGUCUUUGCACUACCCGGCCAAAUGAGGGCGCCAGUCAGAGCAUGUCUCGGGUCGGCCCUGGUCACGCUUAAGACCGUGGCGAAGCAGACGCAAGAUACGCAGAACACGACCAGGCAACAGAGGCAGGGCAAGAACCUAAAGUCAAGUAUUUUGUGCAACACAAAUAACAGAAGAUAGUAAAGCAUAUUAUAUAUAUAUAUAUAUAUAUAAUGCAGUAUUUUGUACUACGUGCAUAAUGUAAAACAUCUACAAAGAAUUGAAAGGAUAUUAACUCACUCUGUAGGCAUGGCUUGGAGGCCUCCCUGCUCUUGACAAAUCAAAAGAUGUAAUGGAAAUAUGCACCGUUUAAAACGUUUAACUGCCCAGCACCUUUGUAGAGCAAAGGGGAUUCAUACAGAAAUAUAAAACCUAGAAGUGACGUUUGUGUAUACCGGUAGUGAGAUAAGGGUCCUUGAAAAAGGGACAGAAUAUGGAGCAAUCCAAAACACUUGAGCUACUUUUAUCACCAUUUUGAAAGACCCCAGGGCCCCGUCUUAUAAAGAGUUGGGAUCGUUUCGAAAUCAAUCGCAAGUCCUCUAAUCAAUCGCAAGUUUGCAGUCACCUAUCUCUUAUGUACAUAGUUGCGAUUGAUAUCAAUCUCAAAUAAGUUACGAUUAAUACCUACUCUUUAUAAGACUGGCCCUGGCCUCGUAAUCCAGUUCAAUUCAUGUUGGUGUUCAGGUCAUGGUAUGUUAUGGGGUCAUUCAAAACAGUUAAGUCUGAAUGAUAUUCAUAUAUGUUAGUGGCAGAGUGUAUAAUGUAGACAGGAUAUUGAUAAAAAUCAAUGAAAUUGGGGAAAUACCCAUCAGAAGUAGUGUAUAUUAUAGUAAUUCAAUGUGUUUUGAUGCAUACAAAACCCCACUAUUCAAAUCGUGAUGCACAAAUCAUUUUUAUAGGUACCUUUCCUGGGGGGGGGGGGGG